ACUACUACUCUAUCUAAGAACACCGGCCUCACGGCAAUAACUGAGCGAUGAGCGCUCAAUUCGAGUGUUUCAGCGGAGCCUGAUUACAUAAUCCUACGCUCGUCCUUCGCGAUGGUAUCCGACAUCAAGCAAGUGUGAGAGAGUCCAAAUCGGCCGACUCGCGCGCUGAAUUCCAAGCCUGUGAGGAUAAUCAUGGGUGCCAAUAACUCCAAGCCCGAGGCACAGACCUCGCAGCAUAUUUUCACAGGUGAAUCGCCUGUCCGAUUCUCCCAGAACCUCAUCGAUAGUCUCCAGAACAGCGCAGAGACGGAUUCCACGAGGGCCAAGGCUCUGGAGUUGCACAUCCAAGCCCGCGUUGCUGAGGAGUUGGAGCGGUUACAGACUCGUGAGUCUCAGAUGCUCCAGGAGCUUUCAGAAAAGGUUUCCUCCGCCGAGCAGUCCAAACCUGCCGCUGAGAUAUCGGAAGCCGCGCAGUCUGCUGGCGACAAGCUGCGUGAUCUCGGACGGGACAGCGUUCAGAAGGAAAUUGCAGAGCUGCGGCAGAGGCUCGAGGGUCGGAGAAAGCUAGAGGAUCUGGACAAGGACGUCGAACACGCAAAGGAGGAUGUUGUCAAAUGCUUGAGAAUAAACGACCGUCGGCCGCUCGACUGCUACAAGGAGGUCUCCACAUUCAAGACCCAAGUGGCUCGCCUCGAAAAGGGAUUCGUCGACAGAGUGAUUGGUUAG